UUUUUGACAUAGAAAUCCCACGGGAACUUGGAAUAAAGAUUUUCCAGUUUCUGAGUAUGCAGGAUCUUUGCAAUUGUGCUCAGGUCAGUUCAAGUUGGAGGAGUUUGGCUGAUGAUCAGUUGCUAUGGUUUCCAUUCUAUAAAGCUCUGGGUUUUUCUACUGAUGUUACUAUUGAUAGUGAAGCAAGUUGGAAACUGGCAGUCAGGGAUGGAUUAAUGCAAAGGGAUUUGUUAAUCAACAAUUGGAAGGGUCGUAUUGGUCGAGUGACAACGCUUGAACACAUCACUGGUGGAGUUCUCUGUGCUGUCAGUUCAUGCGAUAUUGCUAUUAUUGCUGGAUUUUCAAAUGGUAGUGUAAAGCUGUGGAAAGUAAACAGGCAAGUCGAAGAAGAAACUAUGCUUUGUAGUUGCUAUGACAACACGGGACUCAAGAAUGCUGACAGGCCAAGUGUCAAUCAUGUGGCUGUUAAUUCAGUUAUUUCGGUGAUGUGGACAUCUGGAGCACACAGCAUGGAGGUGACCCCAUUCACCAUUACCACCAAGAUGGCAUCCAGUGUGUGUCCAUAG